AAUUGAUAGAUGGUUGGUGAUGCCAUUUCUUUACCAACAACUGUCCUUUUCUUCUAUACUCUUUUUGUUCUCUUUUUGCUCGAGAGGAGUUUCUAUAAUUGCACAUAUAUCGUCAUUUCAAAGUCGAUUUCAAGCUUCUCUUGAGGGUUUAGGUCUCCCAUUUUUUUCCCUUUUACUGACCUUUUUUGGGGUAAUAGGGUUGAUGGUGGUGGGAAGCAGGGCGGCGCCGCCUCACAAGGCUGGCAUUGGUGGAAGAUGGGCGUGUCUGUUGUGCCUCGCCAGCUUUUGCUUGGGAGUUGCAGUCGUCAACAGGUUGUGGAUUGUACCUGAUUUAGUUGAUCUGGACAAAAGUGCUGGGAAAUAUGGUACUCAUCUUGCAACUAAGGAUUGGAAAAAGUUGGAUGCAUCUAUGGCUGGGGAUAUGCUUUCUCAUGUUUCAAAAACUCAGGAUAUGCUCGUGACAUUAAACAAAACCAUAUCUUCACUAGAAAGUAAACUUGCCGCAGCAAGAGCUGCAAAGGCUGACAAAAUACCUAACGGUGCAGCACCAGAAGCUGAAUCAUCAAAUAACCUCUCGAAGAAGUUCUUUGUUAUGGGAAUCAUUACUGCAUUCAGCAGCAGAAAACGAAGGGAUUCAAUUAGACAAACAUGGAUGCCUCAAGGUGAUGGUUUGAAGAAACUUGAUAUAGAGAAAGGCAUAGUCAUAAGAUUUGUGAUAGGGCACAGUGCAAUGCCCGGUGGUAGUGUUUUGGAUAGGGCUAUUGAUACUGAAGAAGCACAGCACAAGGACUUCUUGAGACUGAAUCAUGAAGAAGGGUACCACAAACUGUCCUCAAAAACACAAACUUACUUUUCAACAGCCGUGGCCAUGUGGGAUGCCGACUUUUAUGUUAAAGUUGAUGAUGAUGUCCAUGUGAAUCUUGGCGUUUUAAGUUCAUUGUUGUCCCGUCAUCAAUCAAAAGCUCGUACGUACAUUGGUUGCAUGAAGUCUGGUCCUGUUCUUGCACAGAAAGGAGUAAAAUACCAUGAACCAGAACACUGGAAAUUUGGCGAAGAAGGAAACAAAUAUUUCAGACACGCGACAGGGCAAAUUUAUGCGAUCUCCAAAGAUGUGGCUACCUACAUAUCUAUUAACCGAUGCUUACUUCACAGAUAUGCAAAUGAAGAUGUGUCUCUUGGGUCUUGGCUUAUUGGUUUGGAUGUCGAGCACAUUGAUGAUCGGAGCCUGUGCUGUGGGACGGCCCCUGAUUGUGAGAUGAAGAGUGAGGCUGGAAACCCUUGUGCUGCAUCAUUUGAUUGGAGCUGCAGUGGAAUAUGCAACUCAUCUGAAAGAAUGGAACAAGUUCAUCGGUGUUGCGGUGAGGCAGCAGUUUUGAGGUUUUGACAAGGUCGCUUCCUCACCUUUGUCGUUACGAACAGUGGGCUGGUUUUUUUGUUCAUUCACUACCCAUCCAUGUGUAUGUGUUGUUUAUGCUUAGUCUGUUUUAGUUAACUUGAUGUAUUUAUUUAAUUAACCCUCUCUUGUCUUGUAGUUGGGACUAAAUUUUCUAAUUCCGGUGUAUUUGUAUUUUGUCCUGUAAGAGGCUGCAACUAAAAAAUAUUACUAGUAGAAUUUAACUUUUGAACCAAUCGUUUAUAAUGAAGAUUUGAGUUUUG